CAGAAAUAGGGUUUAACCUUGUAUAAAUUUUGAAGAUCUAACUUUCUUUAGAAUUAAAGCAGACAAAAGAGCUUUGAGAUAAGCAUAGCAUAUCUACAGAGGCUUGUUUCUUUGCAUAGGGCUUGACUUAAUUAAAAGCUGUUUAAAAAGUAUUUGGAACAGAUUGAAAAGAAGAUCAAGCAUUUUUUCUGCCAGUUCAAGUCUUGGAAAGCCAUCCCUGGAUUGUAAAUCAAGAGGAGGAAUGAAGCUAUAAACUAAGAGAAGACUCCAGUUUAUAGAACAUUAUAUAGAGCCUGUGUCUACUGGAAACUCUUCUGAGAUUUUACAUUUUUUUGAGGGAGAAGACAGAAAUGGCUAAAAACUUUUGCCGCAAAAAAAUUUUAAAUUACAAAAUGCUUUGUACACGAAGAUUGUUCCAACAGUGGAGUUUUGCAGUGUUUCUUCUCUGUUCUUCUGUGCCAUGUCAAGGAAGACCUAUUGAUGCUGUCAGCAACAGAGUGAGAAGAGCAGUAUCGGAGCACCAGCUUUUGCAUGACAAGGGCCGGUCGUUCCAGGAGCUGCAGAGGCGGAUCUGGCUGCAGAACCUUCUCGAUGAAGUGCACACUGCAGAGAUCCGGGAGCUGCCCAGCCGUACCACCAACCCCAAGCCAGCGGGCAGCACCAAGAACUAUCCCAUAGGCCUGGGGGUGGAGGAGGAGGGCACCUACCUGCCACAGGAGACCAACAAAUCACAGAUCUACAAGGACCAGCCCAUUAAAGCCAAUGGCAAGAAGAAGAAGGGCCGGUCGGGGAAACGCCGGGAAAACGACAAAAAGAAAAGGAGAGCACGCUCAAUAAGUCUCUGGGAGCCUGGCAGUGGAUACAACCUGGAAUGGGCCCCAUACUUCAGCCUGGGAGAGCUCCUACACUAGGGGGAAACCUCUGAUAAAGGUAUUUGAGGAUAUUUCGUUGGGACACCUCAAAAAACCUGUUGCAGUCUUCUGUAAUAGUGAGCAUAUGUAAAGUAUUAGGGAAAAUAUUUAUUGUCUGUACAUAUUUGAAACGCAUCAGAAUAUUAAUAAUAUUAAUUAUAAUAUUAAUAAAAAGUUUUGCAUUGCUCCGUGGAGCUGCAGAUUUUUGUCUUUUUUGUGAAUACUUUUCUUCUGUUUUUUUUGCCAUAACUAAGCCGAUUAUUAAUGUCAGAUUUGCCAUAUUUAUUUUGUUUGAAUGGUGUAUUUAUUUUGUUAAUGUAUCAUGGUGCUGCUGACCUAUAUUUUUGUAACAUAAUGCACUUUAGAUAUAUAUAUCAAGUACUUUUGUUAAUUGAACUUAUAAUAAAGUGUUCUCUUUUUGUGGUUGACUGAUGAAUAUGAAAAUAGUAUUAUCUGAUCCUUCCUUUCUCUGUCUCUCUCCAUUUUCUCUAACAACUUUACAGAAAA